AUGGCAGUGGCAACCCAGUCUGCGCAAGGCAUCGCCUCGACCUCCGCCUCGGGGCAAGCGGCGACGACGCACGUCAGCGCAUCCAGCUUCAACGCAUUUGCUCGAGUCCUGCAGGCUUGCAAAGACGUGGAGCCGGCUGCGAGGAUAGAUCCCGAUAACGGCACAGCUCUGCUCUUUGCAGAGGUAUGCUCAGACCUUGGCGAAGAGGCUCUCGACGAUGCAGGCUACGUCGCUCGUCGUCCGGCACAGAACCUCGAGGACGACGACAGAGCAGCCUGGGAACUAGAACAAAACACCUGGAGGUUGGUUCACAUGCUCACAUCCGACAGACUGCACCGAACCGAGCGCAAGUCGCAAGCCAAAUCAGAAGAGAGCGGCAAGGAUGCGAUUCAACCAUAUGAGACACCGCUCGCUGCGAUACAGAGCAUUUUUGACAAAGACGAGCAUCUCAACGAGCUUCGAAUCAUCCGCGAAUGGCUGCAAGAGACACUUUCUCCGAAGCACAUUGUCGAGGUGCGCAAAGGAUAUCUGGCCUUCACCAAGAAUCGAGUGCGCGCCGAGAAGCGUGCCAGUGUAGGCGGUGCAUCUGCGUCGAGCGACGGACGCAAGCUGGCGUUUGGAUCAGCUGCAAGCACGAGCUUUGCGCCCAAGAACCGUGGCAAAGCCGUCAAGAAUCUGGAUCCCGAUGCUGUCUCUAGAGGGGAAGGCGGUCUCGAGCUGGAAGAUGCGACGUACGAAAAGGCACUGCUGCGAACGCUGUUCGAGUACGCGCGUGCGGGGCGUUUGGAUGCUGCCUUUGAUCUGUGCCAUCAGACCGACCAAAGCUGGCGGGCUGCGACGCUUCGUGGCGCCAUGCUCUACCACGAUCCAGCCGUCAGCGUCGAGCUGCAAGACGUCGACCGUGUCGUAGGCAACCGCAAUCGUUCCUUGUGGAAGUCGGCGUGCAGAAAGCUGGCUGUCAACCCAAAUCUGGACGAGUUCGAACGCGCAUUGUAUGGAUCUCUGGCAGGCGAGCUGCAAUCCGUAGCCCACGUCAGCCAAAGUUGGGAAGAGUAUCUAUGGGCGCACGUCAAUGCCAAGCUCGAGGCUGCGGUCGACCUCAAACUCGACGAGAGACACAACUGGUGGAGUCAAGAUGCCAACGCCGAUCUGUUCGGCGAAGGCGAGCAUGGUGCUGUUAAGCUCUCGCAGGGCGUUUCUUCUACUUCCUCUGCUGCUGCCACAGCUGCCACUUCCGGUGGUGCAGCUGCAACCCAAGCCGCGAGUGGAGAGAGAGGAGAGGUCGACCUGGGAUCGCUGAACGGCGUCUUUGACAAGCUCAGCCAGACACAAUCGCACAACAUCCAUCUCCAGGCCAACAACCCGUACCGCCUGGUGCAAAGGAGCAUCAUCUCCAACAACCUGCCCGAACUGUUCAAUCGAUUUGCCGAUAAUCUCGGAGACAUGCAGGCUUCCCUCGAACCUGCGACGUUUGCAAGGUUGCUGCGUUUCUUUGCGCAUCUCAUCCUCUACCUGCGCUUGCUGUCGAUCUCGCUGCCGGACUUUGCAUGCAAUGCCAUCCUGUCAUGCUACGUACAGGUCUUGGAAGCAGCGGGCGAAAAUGAUCUAGUGGCCAUGUACGCCAGCUCACUCGAGCCGCAGUCGGCGACGAGGAGCUAUGCCAACUUCUUGCGCUCUAUGGACAUCAACGCUAGCCGCGAAGCCAAGGCACACGCGCUGCGACAGGCGGAGCAGCACAAUCUCGAUCUGGCCGCGGUGGCUAGAUGCACAGUCGAGAUCGUAUUCGACGAGCUGUUCCCGAGCAUCAUGUCCGACUUUGACGAGCCUUCGAGCUUUGGCGGCGCGUUCAAGACAAGAGGCGGACCCGGCAAGCUGGACGCUGUCCGAUUCGACAUGCGUCUGGACGGGAACGAGGAGGCGCUCGUGCAUCCAAUGCCCUGA